AGGAGAAGGAAAUGAGCCGACAUGUCUGAGGGCAGCAAGGGGAGCUCGCUGGCCUUCGGCCAGGUGGUGAUCGGGCCCCCGGGCUCCGGGAAGACGACGUACUGCCACGGCAUGCAGGAAUUCAUGAGCAGGAUCGGGCGCAAGGUGACGGUGGUGAACCUGGACCCCGCCAACGAGGCGAUGCCCUACCAGUGCUCCGUGGACAUCGCCGAGCUCAUCACCCUGCCCGACGUGAUGGAGAACUUGAAGCUGGGGCCCAACGGGGGGUUGAUCUACUGCAUGGAGUACCUGGAGGCCAACUUCGACUGGCUGCAGGAGAAGCUGGCCGCCUUCAGGGGUCACUACUACCUGUUUGACUGCCCGGGGCAGGUGGAGCUCUACACCCACCACCACGCCCUGAAGAACGUCUUUGCUCAGUUGGCCAAGUGGAAUUUCAGGCUGGCUGCGGUGCAUCUGGUGGAUUCUCACUACUGCACGGACCCCGGCAAGUUCAUCUCUGUCCUCUGCACCUCGCUCUCCACCAUGCUGCACGUGGAGCUGCCCCACGUCAACGUCCUCUCCAAGAUGGACCUGAUCGAGCAGUACGGCAAGCUGGCUUUCAACCUGGAUUAUUACACAGAGGUCCUGGACCUCUCGUAUUUGGUUGACCAUUUAGCUUCCGACCCUUUCUUCAGAAAUUACCGCCGCCUCAAUGAGAAGCUGGUGGAGGUGAUCGAGGACUACAGCCUGGUGUCCUUCGUUCCGCUCAACGUCCAGGAUAAGGAGAGCAUGCGGCAGGUGAUGCAGGCGGUGGACAAAGCCAACGGCUAUUCCUUCGGAGACCAGGAGCACAGGAGCCUGGAAGCUCUGAUGUCAGCAGCAGUAGGAGCUGAUUUCCACUUUGCUUCCACGCUUGCCGUGCAGGAGAGGUAUGUGCAAUCUCAGGACAAAGCCGUGGCAGAAGAAGUGAUGGAUCUGUAA